GCUCGCUUCGCUCGCUCCGUAAUAAAUGGCAGCGUUGUGAAUUGGCAUGCUUGUUAACGGGUGGAUGUACACACCAGCUCGACUGAGGAGGCGACUGACCGGUAUCGGGCAAUGUGUGUGUUGCCCCCAGGACAGCCUGCGCGGCGACGUCAACUCUCGGCACCCGACCAUCCUGGCGCUGCGCAACGUGCUCAAGGUGGCCUUCCUGAGCGACGUCACCACGCUCAGCGUGCCGCUGCUGCUCACACACGAGAUGAGCGAGGAGAUGACUGUGGCCUGGUGUAUGAAGCGCGCCGAGCUCGUCUUCAAAUGCGUCAAGGGCUUCAUGAUGGAGAUGGUGUCCUGGGGUGGCACCGAAACGCGGACCAUCCACUUCAUCGUCCCAAAGACCAUCUCUGAGGAGGUGUUUGCCAGCGUGUCGGCCCUGCUGCCGACCAUAUUCCGCGUCUCCAACCCGCUGGUGGUGCGCAGCUCGUGAGUCGGACGGCGCUCUCCGCUGGUCAGUCGGAGGCGCUCUCCGCUGGUCAGUCGGCCGGCGCUCACGGACGGCGCUCACCGCUGGUCAGUCGGAGGCGCUCACCGCUGGUCAGUCGGCCGGCUCUCACGGACGGUCAGUGGGCCGGCGCUCUCCCGGAGGCGGCAGCCCUGCCGAGUUGACACAGGGAGUGGUCCGGAGAGGCCGCUGGUGGCCGCCCGUGAACCUGUUUAUUUCGCUAUUGUAGAGACGACACCGACAUGGACCAUGACUAUUGACUGCUAGCGAAUUAUGGCUACGUACUAAAUACAGGUGGAUCGAGCAUUUUUUUUUCAAACUCAUUUAAAAAGAAAUGUCCGUAACAUUUGUGAUAAGUACUCAUUUAAAUGGUCUACUUGAACACGUGGAAAUAAUGCAACCGAGCCACAUCAUUCCGAAAUAAGUCUAAUGAGAAAUUUUAUCGCUAAGUCUGGUAUAUCCCAUUCAGAAAGUAUGUCGCAAAAUCAUGGAGGAGGAGUGAAUUUAUUGUAUAUCAUAUUCCCUAAGAUCCUGUGUGUGAUUCAUAUUGUUACAACUUACGAUUUUGUAUAGGAUUUUUUGUCAGUUGAGAACAGACUUUUUUGUCCACCAGGCGCUCGAGGCCACAUCUUUUCGCCGCGUCUAUAUGUUUGGCGACUUCAGUGUUCGCACGUCUCCGCGAAAUGCCUCGGUAGGGUGGGUUACCAGAGUAUUUGGUAGCAUGCCCACGGCUUUGUGACGCGACAGAACCGCAGGAGCCCACAUGACGAUAACGUGCCACUGAUGCUUCAUGUUUAUCGGACUAUGUUGAUACCCGUAUUUUACGUACCCUGAUCGACCUCCGUUAUUGCUGCAGUGAGGUGUUCGGGGAGAUUUGUCGCGUGUGGAUAUGUGCAUGUGGAUAUAUUGCGUGGUUUGGUAUGUCAAAUGUAUGCAGAUUAUAUAUUAUAAUUAUUUACGCUUUAA